UAGAUCUGAUGCUCUUUAAGAUCCUUUUCCAUACAUCACUUCACGUUCAUGCUGUGCUGCAUCCAUUUUGCUCAAUAUACUGGAUUACGUACAUAUAUCGCGCACUCUGCUGCCUUGGCACCUUACGUGCCCUGUUAAGUUUAACAUGCGCUGUUAGGCUUACGUUACAUUCACGUUUGUUUAGUAUUUCCAUUUAUUCAACACGUAAACAAUUUCAUAUUUGCAAAAGCAUUUGUUUUAAACAUAUGCAUACAUAGUAAACAAAACUUCAAAUAUGAUACACAGCCUGUUCAUAGUCAACAGCAGCGGCGAAGUCUUUCUCGAGAAGCACUGGCGUUCGGUUGUCUCGCGCUCCGUUUGCGAAUACUUUCUCGAUGCACAGCGUGCCGCACCCUACGAUGUGCCGCCUGUUAUUGCCACGCCCCAUUAUUAUCUGAUCACGGUGCAGCGAGACAGCGUCUCCCUGGUGGCCGCCUGCAAGCAGGAGGUGCCGCCGCUGUUUGUCAUCGAGUUUCUGCAUCGCGUUGUGGACACGUUUCAGGACUAUUUUAGCGACUGCUCCGAGUCUGUGAUAAAGGAUAACUAUGUGGUCGUCUAUGAGCUGCUCGACGAGAUGCUCGACAACGGCUUCCCCCUGUCCACCGAGAGCAACAUACUGAAGGAGCUAAUCAAGCCGCCAAACAUAUUGCGCACCAUCGCCAACACCGUCACCGGCAAGAGCAACGUUAGCACCAUUCUGCCCGUGGGCCAGCUGUCGGCCAUACCCUGGCGUCGCAGCGGCGUCCGCUACACCAACAACGAAGCCUAUUUCGAUGUCAUCGAGGAGGUCGACGCCAUCAUUGACAAAUCCGGCUCCACGGUGUUUGCUGAAAUACAGGGACAUAUCGACUGCUGCAUCAAGCUGUCCGGCAUGCCCGACUUGUCGCUGUCCUUUAUGAAUCCGCGUCUCUUUGACGACGUCUCGUUUCAUCCGUGCGUGCGCUUUAAGCGCUGGGAGGCAGAACGUCUGCUCUCCUUUAUACCGCCCGAUGGCAAUUUUCGGCUCAUGUCUUAUCACAUUAGCUCGCAGUCGGUGGUGGCCAUACCCAUCUAUAUACGGCACAAUUUUUCAAUUAAGACCGGCGAACAGGGUCGCCUGGAUUUGACCAUUGGGCCACGGAACACGCUCGGUCGCACGGUCGACAAGGUCAAGCUGGAGCUAUCAAUGCCCAAGUGCGUGCUCAACUGCGUGCUAACGCCCAAUCAGGGCAAAUACACGUUCGAUUCGGUGAGCAAAACGCUCUCCUGGGAUGUCGGACGCAUCGAUGUCUCCAAGCUGCCCAACAUUCGCGGCUCGGUCUCCAUCAUGCCCGGCAGCCCAAUACUUGAUGCCAAUCCGUCAAUCAAUGUGCAAUUCCAAAUCUCACAGCUGGCCGUCUCCGGUCUGAAGGUGAAUCGCCUGGACAUGUACGGCGAGAAAUAUAAGCCCUUCAAGGGCGUCAAAUAUCUAACCAAAGCGGGCAAAUUCCAGGUGCGCAUGUAGCUGCAUGCCCCCAACAACACGCCGCGCACGGCCCUCUACUCAGCUUUAAUUAAGAAUAACAAAAUAACAAAAACCUAAAGAACUUUAGUCUAAUGUUCAACAUUUGGUUAUAUUUGUACUGCUAUUUCCAUUAUUAUAACUUUAUACUAUUUUAUUUUAUAAACCAUAAAAGCUACAAACUUGUAUCCAUCCUAAAUGUAUAUAUAUACAACUAUAUGUCUAAAAUGUAUAAGAUGGCUUUCUUAUGUUAUUUUUAUACACUGUCCAUAAAAGAGCUGAACGGUUCAUAUUUAGGCUGCAGAGUGUAGAAGAGAUCUCUAGACCCUAUAAAGCCUAUAUAUUCUUGGCUCAGUAUCAAAAGCCGUGUCGAUGUGGUCACGUCCGUCUGCCUGUCUCUGUGCAAACUAAUCUCUCAGUCUUAUAUAUGUCUAUAUAUGCCGCAAACGGGCGGAUCGAACUACUAUAUAAUAUAGCUGCCACAGAAAUAAUUGGCUUAAAUUAAGUUCUUAUGUGAAGAACUUUUUACUUUCACAUAAUAAUUAAAUAUACUAUUUUGUAGUCUUAAAUGAAAUACAAGAAAUUGCAGAGAGAUCAAAGCAAACAAUGAAUCGGCUAGCAAAUAUUUCAAUAUAUAUGUUAAAAAUAAUUUAAUGAACAUUUUAUUAGCUGGCUCGAAGGUCAAAAAUGGAAGCGUCGCCAAAAUCAACAUUAAAUAAUUAAAUAUACAUGUGCUUAAUAAAUUACAUAAAAAAUUAAAUGCUAA